AAAGCAAGCAGGAUUCAGUCAGAGAGAGAGCUUCCAUCAAUUCCCUUCCCGGUCGCGUUAAACCCUCCUAAAAGCCCACAUCACAACCAGACGCUCCAGACUCUCACAAUGGCAGCUUUGAAGCUUCUUCUAUCUCAAGCUCGCCGCCAGUGCCUCGCGAAAAACCAAUCGACCCUCCAUUCCCCUCCAUUUCUAUGCCUUCAGAGAUCCUUCUCCUCUGAUUCAAACUCGGAACCAAGCCCCGAAGCCCCUCCCUAUAAUGCCCCGAGAAGGCCCUCUGAACCCGUUCCCAUCCAGCCGGUCUCCUACGCUGUCAAACCCAAGGAGCCGAAUCCGACAGCCGAAAUUGAGAAUCCCCAGUCUCAAGCGCAACAGUCAGAACAUCAACAACAGCAAACGCUGCCUCCUCGAAGGCCACGAGACUUGCCGAGUCAGGAAACUCGGACUGCUUGGACUCGGGAAGACGUUCGUUAUGUCAAGGAUGUGCCCUCGAUAGCGCCCGUCUCUUAUCCCUUGCGUGUUGCGCCGCUUCCCGAGGAUAAAGCUUCGGAUUCGGUUGAAGAGAGUGUGAAGGAAGAGAGCGAGGAGAUGCUGAGGGAGAGGAGGAGGGUAGAUGCUAGGGAAAGAGGCCGAAGGGCUUUUAGGAUUGCGGAGGCGGAGGAGAAGGUGGUGGUGCCGUUCCCUACAUUGGUCAAGUCGGAGAAGAAGGAGGGGAGGCAGGUAUUUGAUCUGAUGGACGCUAUCCACGAAGUCAAGGCUAAUGCCAAAUCGAACUUUGUCGAGACUGUUGAAGCACAUGUAAGAUUGGGCAUUGAUAAAAGCCGAUCUGAUCUGAUAGUUCGUGGUACCAUGAAACUGCCUCAUGGCUCUCAGAAGGUUAUCAGGGUGGCAGUCUUUGCUGAAGGGGCAGAUGCAGAUGAAGCAAGAGCUGCAGGUGCUGAUAUUGUUGGCAGCGAUGAGUUCAUUGAAGAAAUUGCAAAUGGUGGAAAAAUUGAUUUCGAUGAAUGUUAUGCAACUCCACAAAUCAUGCGCCGUCUUUUUAAGAUAUCAAAGACUCUCAAUUCUCUUGGUUUGAUGCCAAACAACAAACAAGGUACUGUGACAAGGGAUGUUGCUACUGCAGUAAAGAGAGCCAAAGAGGGCCACAUUCAAUUUAAAAUGGAUAGGACAGCGAUUGUGCAUGUUGGAGUUGGAAAGGUGAAUCUUUCAGAGGAUCAUUUGCGCCAGAAUAUAGGUGCAUUUAUGAAUGCUCUUUUGCAAGCAAAGCCUGCAGGCUUAAAGAAGACUUCCAAAUAUGCUGGGUACGUGAACUCCUUUCAUAUAUGUAGCACGCUGGGUCCUGGAUAUUCAAUUUCAAUACAAUCAUUGUCCAAGGCUGUAGAUCACUACACAAAAAAGCUCAUAUGAAGUGAUGUGGCUUUACGACGAGUUGAGAAUGCAUCAAUUCUUCUUUUCUAGUGACGCCCAUCCUUUCCUCAUCGCGAGGUUUUUGAAAUUUAGUCUUUUACCUGCCCUCCACCCCUAAAUACCAAGAUUUUGGUGUUAGUUAUAUGCUUUCUAGGAUUCACCUCUGUUGUAAUUGGCUGGUUUGUCUAAGCAUUUUUGUAGUAUUCAAUAUAAUAAGUUGGAUUUUGCAUUGCUUAUUUAAAGUUCGUGGUCAUGUAUGUUGAGUCGGGUAGACUCACUUAUUCUUGAAAAUAUUUGUCUUGUACAAUAUUUUGAAUGAUUUGAACUUUUGUUUUAAA